AUGACCAGUGGUGGAUUCUCAAUGUAUUAUCAGAACUUCGAGGAGGGAAAAUCGGACAAGGAGAUUCUGGACAACCUAUUACAAUCGACUCGUUACGACAAGCGGCUUCUGCCGCCGGUCCAAGGAACGUUGACUGUAAACGUGAGCGUAUUGCUGUUAAGCUUAGCUUCUCCUGACGAGUCCAGUCUGAAAUACGAAGUGGAAUUCCUACUACAGCAACAGUGGUACGAUCCCCGAUUGCGUUAUAGCAACAGAUCCAGAUACGAAUUUUUAAAUGCGAUUCAUCAUUACGAGAACAUCUGGUUGCCGGAUACAUAUUUCAUAAUGCAUGGCGAUUUCAAAGAUCCCAUCAUUCCUGUUCACUUUGCCUUGCGGAUAUAUCGUAACGGCACCGUCAACUAUCUUAUGCGGCGUCAUCUUAUUCUAUCCUGCCAGGGUAGACUUAAUAUCUUCCCUUUCGACGACCCGUUGUGUUCAUUCGCAAUCGAGAGCAUAUCGUAUGAGCAGACAGCGAUUACAUAUGUGUGGAAAAAUGAUGAGGGUACUUUACGAAAAAGCCCAAGCCUGACGGCACUGAAUGCGUAUCUCAUCAAAAAUCAGACAAUCACAUGUCCGAUUAAAGUGAGCUGGCGAGCUGACGGACAGAUCGUGGUUGAGGAGGACGAGUUCGAUGAUUUUGGAGACUCUAAGUGCUCGCUGUGCCAGCGCAGAUUUGAAGAGCAAGGUAAUUACAGCUGCUUGAAGGUGGAUUUGAUCUUCACGCGAGAUCGUUCCUUCUAUUUCACUACGGUUUUCAUCCCAGGAAUUAUUCUAGUAACCAGUUCGUUCAUCACAUUUUGGCUUGAAUGGAAUGCCGUACCGGCGCGAGUGAUGAUUGGUGUAACAACGAUGCUCAACUUUUUCACCACGUCAAAUGGCUUCCGGGGAACGCUGCCUGUCGUUUCAAACUUGACUGCCAUGAACGUAUGGGAUGGGGUAUGCAUGUGUUUCAUCUACGCGAGUCUUCUCGAGUUCGUCUGCGUGAAUUAUGUCGGUCGCAAACGGCCGAUGCACAACGUUGUCUAUCGUCCGGGCGAGAAUCCCGUUACCCAGCGGCUUCCAGCGGUGCUCAGCAGGAUAGGAAUUAUAUUGGCCAGCCCCUUGAAGAGGGAAGGCGGAACUACUGGUGGUACUACUGGACCGAACGAAAUCAUUGCUUGCACUAACUGCGGACCUAAUCCCUGCACACAUACGACAACAAACGGUUGCACCGCCGAGCUAAGGAAAAAGGAUCCGCCACAUCCGAUUAGAGUAGCGAAGACGAUCGACGUGAUAGCCAGGAUCACUUUUCCAGUCGCCUAUUUCAUGUUCCUCACUUUCUUCUUCAUUCACUAUAAGGGCACUUCGUAGAAUGAUAUACAAGAAUCUCCGAGAAGUCUCCUAUCACUGGGAAAAAGAAUCACUAACACAAGAAUAUGCAAAGACACGACAUAAAAGAAAAGGAUACCAACGAUGGAUCGCCUCCAACCAUUCUUCAUCUCCUCUCACGUGUGAUAGUUCUUGGAUGCACUCUUCUAUGAAGGAAGUAGCUGAUUACGAUUGCUUCGCGAGCAACAACCAUAUACACUUAUCUUCAUUAUUCUUUUCUCUUUCUUACAUCUGAUAGAUAAUAGAAUGUGUCGCUGGCGAACGCUUUGGCCAAGCAGAAGGAAUGACGCUUAGCUUAGUUAACGAUGUGAUCAAACGUACUAUAAUGUAAGAUAUAUUGUAAUAUCAUUACAGACGAACCUCUGUAUUCUUAACACUUUUAACUUUUACAUUCUUAUAUGAUAUGUUUCAAG